AUGGAGUUGUGUGUGAAAGUUGUAACAGAAGGGAUUCUGAAGGAGCUGACCAAGAAUAAUCCCAACAAGAACGUUGUGAUGUCUCCGGCAUCCAUGAACAUUGUUCUAAACAUGGCCGCUUCCGGGUCGGCAGGCAAAACUUUGGACCAGUUUCUCGGGUCUCUUGGCUCCGAAACCAUUACUGAGUUGAGCUCCAAGUCUUCAUCUUUGAUGGGUCUCUUUGACUUGAACACUGCGGCAGACCCAGACCCAGACUACACUGAUUCAGAGUAUAGUGCUCCUCCUGAAUUGUCUUUAGUGAACCUCAUGUUUCAAGAGAAAGUUAAAAAUGAAGUGAACUCAUGGGCAGAGGAGAAAACAAAGGGCCUCAUGAAAGGGUUUCUGCCACCCACAUCAAAAUUGAAAGGACCACUCUUUUUCGCAAAUGCUCUCUACUUUAAGGCAGCAUGGUUAGAUCAAUUUGUUGCCUCAUCGACUCGGGACGAAGAUUUCCACCUUCUUGAUGGGAAAACUAUCAGAGCACCUUUCAUGACCCAAAUAGAAGAGAGCAUGAAGAUGUGUGGAUCAUUCGAGGAUUUUAAGGUUAUCAGACUCAAUUAUAAUUCCGGUAGAUGUUACAGUAACAACUUCCCACGUUUCUGUAUGGAUAUCAUUCUUCCUGAAAGAAAAAAUGGACUCGAAGAUCUGCUAGAGAAGUUUAAUUCUGAUACAAAACUUCUACUCCAGGAUUUUAAGCUGGAAGAUAUGCUGGUUACUGAGAUGUGGAUUCCAAAGUGGAAGUUUUCCUAUGGUUUGGACAUGGUUAAGCUCGUGAAGAAAUUGGGAUUGACUAUGCCUUUCAAUUACCCGGAUGUUGAUUUCACUGAGGCAAUGGAUUCUUCGGAUGCUGAAGAAAUUUUUAUCUCGAAAAUGCUUCAUAAAGCAUGCAUUUCAGUUAAUGAGGAAGGGACAGAAGGAGCUUCAAUAGUUUCUUGUAAUGAAAAUUUGGGAUGUUCAAUGUAUCCCCCUCCUGAGAUACAAUUUGUUGCUGACCAUCCUUUUAUGUUCAUGAUCAAAGAAAAGGGUUCUGGGGCUGUGAUUUUCACUGGAGCUGUUCUUAAUCCCCUCUCUGAUAUUUGA